AUGUCUCUAAGCAAUCACCCAAAAGCCUACGGCUCUGCCGCCCUGGCGCUCGCCUUUACGGCCGGCAUACUCGUCACGUUGGGCUUCAAGGACUUUUACCCGGAUCUCGAGCGCCGCUACCAGCGCCGCCGCACACGAAGGAGGGAAACCGGCGGCUCAUCUACGGAUCCCUCUAGACGAAGCAGUGCUUUUUGGGGACCGCCGGUGCAGCUGGAGGAUCAUGAAUCGGGAUCGGAUGCGGACGCCGCGGCGCUCGGCGCAUGGAACCCGCCCCUCAUCGCCGAGGGCGUCGCGGGGGCCAUCGGGAACACGCCGCUCAUCAAGAUCCGAUCUCUAAGUGAGGCCACAGGACGCACGAUUCUCGCCAAGGCCGAAUUUCUCAACGCCGCGGGAAACACGCCCAAGGACCGUGUUGCGCUGUCCAUGAUCGAGGCCGGGGAGGCUUCCGGCCUGCUUGUUCCUGGGCGCGGGGACACCAUCUACGAGGGAACAGUCGGCAGCACGGGUAUCUCGCUGGCGACGCUCGCACGCUCAAAGGGAUACCGCGCGCACAUCUGCAUGCCCAACGACAUGGCCAUGGAAAAGGUCGACCUGCUCCGCCACCUCGGCGCGACGGUCGAGCGCGUGCCGCCCGCCCCCAUCGCAUCGCCGGAACACUUUGUCAACCUCGCCCGGCGGCGCGCGGCCGAGCAUGCCGCCAGGGCAGGCGAUGGCAGCGUCGGAUUCUUCGCGGACCAGUUCGAGAGUCCUCACAACUUUGCCGCGCACCUCGCCACCACGGGACCGGAGAUCGUAUACCAGACCGGCGGCAGGCUCGAUGCCUUCGUGGCCGGCGCGGGGACGGGUGGCACCAUUGCGGGCGUCGCCAAGUACCUGAAGGAAGAGGCCAAGGUGCCGGGGCUGCAGGUCAUCCUGGCGGAUCCCCAGGGCAGCGGGCUCUACAACAAGAUCCGCCACGGCGUCAUGUACUCCAACACGGAGAAGGAGGGCACGCGGCGCAGGCAGCAGGUCGACACGAUUGUGGAGGGCAUUGGAAUCAACCGCAUCACGGAGAAUUUCGAGGCCGGACGGGAGUUGGUUGACGACGCGAUCAAGAUCACGGAUGAGCAGGCGUGUCGCAUGGCGCGGUGGUUGGUGGAGAACGACGGCAUCUUCGUCGGCAGCAGCAGCGCUGUCAACUGCGCCGCGGCGUGCGUUGCGGCUUCGCGGUUGCCCGAGGGGAGCCAGGUCGUCACCAUCCUCUGCGACUCGGGCACCAGGCAUCUCAGCAAGUUUUGGAAGCAUGUGGCGGAAAUGGGUCUCGAGCAGGACGAACACUCGGCUGAUUUGUUCUCCGCUCUCAAGAUCGAUCCCGCAAAGAAAUGA